CAGCUCCUUCCCCCGGUUCAGUCCCAUCAGUGGAGCGCAAGGCGCGGCGCACGCAUACACAGCUCACCCACCCGCAUGCACGCGUGAAAGGUACAGCAGAGAGGGACUCACCGGAGGACUUUGAUUUUGGUGUGGGACUAAUCGGAGCAUGAAUUUGCCAUCAAGACAUCGAUCCACACCUCUAGACAAACCAAGUGAACCUUUCAAGGGAAAAGCAAACGGAGACAGAUUUUAAUGCAACAUCUUUCCUGACUGACGGCGAUGCACACGCCUCUUGUUCCAUAAACUGUCACAGUUUGUAUGACUGCAACAACACAGCGCUGGAUCUACUUUGUGCAAAGCCUUUUUUUUUGCGCUCGGUUUUUUUUUGAGGGGUGAAAUUUCGACUGCAGCGCACGACAGCGAGCGACAAUAGUGCGUGUUUGAGCGCGAUUUCUCAGUGACUCGGACUUGCCUCAGUGCGGAGUUUGACUCCUCAUUAUGGGGUUCGGUGCACAGACUGAUAGAGAAGGAGGAAGAGUGCCGAGAUCCUCUCGUGAGAUGCUGACCGUGUCCUGGCUUUUGCUUUUUCUCCUGGUGGAUAUCGGAGUGGCUCAAGUGGACGAUGACUUCAUUGGUCUCGGUGAUCUGCCGGAAACGUUCCCCUCAGACCCCCCCGAGCCGCUGCCGGUGUUUUUGAUGGAACCAGAGGAGGCCUACAUAGUCAAGAACAAGCCAGUCAACCUAUACUGCAAGGCCACUCCGGCCACCCAGAUCUACUUCAAGUGCAACAGCGAAUGGGUUCACCAGAAGGAGCACACUGUGGAGGAGCGGGUUGAUGAGAACUCUGGCUUGGUUGUGAGAGAAGCAAGCAUAGAGAUCACUCGGCAGCAGGUGGAGGAACUGUUUGGGCCGGAGGACUUCUGGUGUCAGUGUGUGGCCUGGAGCUCUGCAGGGACCACCAAGAGCCGCAAAUCCCAUGUCCGUAUCGCCUACUUGAGGAAGACGUUUGACCAGGAACCUCUUGGGAAGGAAGUGUCACUCGAACAGGAAGUGUUGCUCCAGUGUCGCCCACCUGAAGGCAUCCCCGCUGCUGAGGUGGAGUGGUUGAAGAACGAGGAGGUUAUUGAUCCUGCAGAUGACAGAAACUUCUAUAUCACCAUCGACCACAACCUGAUCAUCAAACAGGCCCGCCUCUCUGACACUGCCAACUACACCUGUGUGGCUAAGAACAUCGUGGCCAAGAGACGGAGCACCACUGCCACAGUUAUUGUCUAUGUUAAUGGUGGAUGGUCGACAUGGACAGAGUGGUCAGUGUGCAACAGCCGCUGUGGUCGUGGUUACCAGAAACGCACUCGCAGCUGUACCAACCCAGCUCCACUCAACGGCGGUGCCAUCUGUGAAGGGCAAGGCAUCCAGAAGCUGGCGUGUAAUCCUCUCUGCCCAGUGGAUGGCCUGUGGACAGAGUGGAGUAAGUGGUCUACCUGUGGGACAGAGUGCACCCACUGGAGGAGGAGAGAAUGCGGCGCUCCAGCACCCAAAAACGGUGGAAAGGACUGUGAGGGUAUGGUGCUCCAGUCCAAGAACUGCACCGAUGGGCUGUGCAUGCAGAGUUCCUUAUAUCAGAAGUCCUCUGAGGCAAAAGACAAGAGUGAUUUUGGAAAUUCAUUGGCCCCCAGCACAGAUGAUGUAGCUCUGUAUGUGGGUAUUGUCAUAGCGGUGAUCAUGUGCCUGGUUAUCUCUGUCGUCGUGGCGCUCUUCAUCUACAGGAAGAACCACCGCGACUUCGACUCUGACAUCAUUGAUUCCUCCGCCCUCAACGGAGGCUUCCAGCCAGUCAGCAUCAAGACUGCCCGCAAAGCUGAUCUCUUAACAGCACCACCUGACCUGACAUCAGCAGCCGCCAUGUACCGCGGCCCUGUCUACGCCCUCCAUGAUGUGGCUGACAAAAUCCCCAUGACCAAUUCCCCUCUGCUGGACCCUCUUCCCAACUUGAAGAUUAAGGUGUACAACUCCUCAGGCUUAGUGACUCCACAGGAUGACCUAGGAGGGGAAUUUUCCUCUAAACUGUCACCUAAGCUACCCCACUGCCUCCUGGACAACAGUGACUGCACGAUGGGCCGUCGCACACAGACCCAGACGUUGCUUCGGACCAGGGAUCCAUCCUGUACUGCAUUGGGCUCCUUCAGCUCCCAGGGGGGACACCUCAUUGUACCCAACUCAGGGGUGAGUCUGCUUAUUCCAGCAGGGGCCAUACCUCAGGGCAGAGUGUAUGAGAUGUAUGUGACGGUUCAGAGGAAGGACAACAUGAGGCCCUCUGUGGAAGAUGGCCAAACAGUUCUGGGCCCAGUGGUGAGCUGUGGGCCCCCCGGGGCCUUGUUGACUCGACCCGUCAUCAUCACCAUGCACCACUGUGCCGUGUGUGAUGGUCAACAGGAUUGGCUGAUCCAGCUCAAGAGCCAUUCACAGCAGAACCAGUGGGAGGAUGUGGUGGUGGUAGGAGAGGAAAAUUUCACCACGCCGUGCUAUAUCCAAAUGGAUGACGAGGCCUGCCACAUCCUGACAGAGACUCUGGGUACCUACUGCCUUGUGGGCCAACCUCUCAGCGCUGCAACCACCAAGCGCCUCAAACUAGCCAUUUUCGGCCCCGUCACCUGCCCUGCCAUGGAGUAUCACAUCAGAGUCUACUGCCUGGACGACACACAGGACGCACUAAAGGAAGUCCUACAGAUGGAGAAGCAAAUGGGUGGAAAGUUGUUGGAUGAACCAAAGACACUCAGUUUUAAAGACAGCACCCACAACUUGAGACUUUCCAUCCACGAUGUCCCCCACGCAUUGUGGAAGAGCAAACUACUAGCCAAGUACCAGGAGCUUUCCUUUCAUCAAGUGUGGAGCGGUUCACAGAGGAACCUCCACUGUUGCUUUACCCUGGAGCGGUUCUCUGCCAACACUGUGGACCUGGCCUGUAAGAUAUGUGUGCGCCAAGUGGAGGGAGAAGGGCAGAUUUUUCAGCUGGACACUACACUGUCAGAGGAUUCCCAGAGCAUUGACACGUCUCUGCUGGACCCCGCCAGUAACAUCACCACACUGGUGGGGCCCAAUGCCUUCCGCAUCCCCGUCUCCAUCCGACAGAAGCUGUGUGGCAGUCUGGAUGCACCACAGACCAGGGGAAAUGACUGGAGGAUGUUGGCCCACAAACUUAACCUUGACAGGUAUCUUAACUACUUUGCCACCAAAUCCAGUCCUACGGGAGUGAUCCUAGACUUGUGGGAGGCCCAGCAUUUUCCUGAUGGCAACCUCAGUCGCCUGGCCCAGGUACUGGAGGAGAUGGGCCGCCAUGACAGCCUUGUUCCUGCAGUGACUGAACACUGACAUCUGCCCACCAGGGAAUGUGACAUACCAGGGAGGAAGAAGACAUGAAAAGAAAAUAAGAGAGGGGGGGACACCCAAAUGCGGGAGUGUCAUUCUGCAUCACGUUGACACACAGAUCCUGCAUGUGUGCGCACUCAGAAGUAUGAUGAUAGAAACAGCUAGGUCUACUCAGCCCAUGACCCAGUUAAACAUUGGCAACAAAGGGUGUAAAAACUUGGGAGGGUAAACAAGAAUCUAUGCCAGUCAUUUCUGUCUGGCUGUUUCUCUCUCUCUCUCUCUCUCUCUCUCUCUUCUCUCGCUCUCUCUCUCUCUCUCUGGUACACCAACUUGAUAUUUUUGGCUCUAGUUUCCUUGGAAACAGCUGUCUGGUUAUUUGGAUGGACUGUGCGGAUAUGUGGAUGAUGCCCUUGCCAUAGACAACGUUCUGAGUAGUGAGACACUAUCAGAGGUCAAAAGAUCAAAAGAGCGAGCCUAGGAUCGGAGGAAGAAUCUCUCACUCUCCAAAAUCAGUCUCCACAUCAACUCCAUGGAUGAGUAUGUGUUCUGUGAUAACAUAGUAUUUAAUAAUAUGCCUAUUUAUACAUAUCUUUUUUGUAUUUGAUGCUGCCUGUUAUGGAAUAUUCCUGUCCUCACAUUUUGGUUUCUUCUUCCAUUAUGUUUGACUGUAUCAUAGCACCUCCUGGUGGACACUUGCAGCAAUGACUCAUUCUGUCAGCCACAUUUACAUGUACAGAAAGAAAUCAAUGAUGUAAUCAUUUUACAGUUUUAGUGUUGCUGUCAUAACUACUAUUAAUACUUUUUAUUCAUGUUAUGUAUAAUUAUUGAUUUUCAAUUAUGUGUGAUUGUUUUACAUGAUUUUUUAAAAAGUCGUUAGAAUAAUUUUUAUAAGUUGCAUUGGUUAUGAUUUUUCCUAACUUUCUUUUGUUGCAUGUUUAUUAUCAGGUCAUUUGCCUAAUUACACCAGUCCAUUCUCCCUUAAAUAGAGGGUGAUCAAGGCCAUUUUCCCAAACCGAAUAAAUUUCAUGACUGAUGCUGAUGAUUUGUAUAUUGUUCAAGAUGAUAUCAUCUACAUUAAAAGAGAACAGGCAGAGCGGAGGGGUAUAUGCUGUAGAAAAGGGAAUCAGAUGAGUAUAUUUUUGUAGGACCAAUGCAACUGCUUUUUACCAAAUAAUUGAAAUCCAGUAUGUGAGGAUAAAUUGAAUACAAAAGGUGAUCAUCUAAAUAUCAAGUGUCAUUUCUUGCGUCCAGAACUGAAUGACAUACAUUGUGUGAUUUUGGAGGCGAGCAGAGACUUUAACUCAGACUUCUGUGUUUGUAUAUUAAUGACAGAAGACAUCAAGGUUAUGAUGACACUGACUCUGUGCAUAAAUAUUAGUGAUAGUCGUAAAAUGCAACAUUCCUUUGAUGCAGCAUAACUUGUGACUGUUCAAGUGUUCUUGGUUGGUUCUUGAUUUCUUUUAUUGGCAGUUGUCCCAGUUUUUCGUAAAGCCGUCUAUGCAAACUUUGCAUCUUCUGAAACAAUCUUGACAUUCUCAGUGGGCUAGCCUUUGCAUUCCCUAGUUGUUCUUCAGCUUCAUGAUUAUUAUUGUGUAUAGUGAGAAUGUAGCCUGGCUGUUUCUGGCACUCAUGUUUCUCGCAAAUGCUUGCAUUUCAUCUGUCAAGUUACUGUACAAAGUGUAAGAAAGAAUUUUUAAGACUAAUAAUAAAUUAUAUUUAUAUGCAACAUUGAAAA